CUUUUUUGAAUCUUAUAUAGGUUAAAUAUAAUGACAGAGGAUCAUAUACGCACUGGAAGACCAAGAAAAAACGCUAGAAGAUCAAGUAACAGUGCAAUGCAAAGUACCUCAAAUGGAAACCUUGAAGAAUCUGAAAUUAUAAUGGAUCCUUCUAUUGAUUCACCUGGUAACCUGUCAGAAUCACAAAACUCUGUUGACUCAACUGUCUACUCACCCAAUAAGCCGGAAGAGUCAUCAGAAAUAUGUGCACUAUGUAAUUGUGGUUCUGAGAUGGCUUUAAUUCUUGGACAAUUAACACAAUACGCUGUUUCAGCAAGUACGUUAAAAAAGAUGGAUAAAGUGAAGAUUGACAUUAGCAAAACACACCAAGAAAUUUCUUCAUCUGAUAUUUCAAAAAAAGACUCUAAAGAAAGAGUAUUUUUUAAGAGGAGAAGGCGGAAGGCAUUUAGUGAUUUUGAUGCUAAUCUUCCACCUGACAUGACUACGUUUGGUACUGCACAUUUGCAGGAUUUUUCGGACAUACUUGACAGCAACCAAUGUAUAUGGGCACAUCAUUGUUGUGCUGCUUGGUCCGCUGGAGUUUGCCAAACUGACUCGUAUGACUUGGAAAAUGUAGACAGAGCUGUUGGAAAAGCUCUUUUAAAAAAAUGCAGCCAUUGCCAACGUUAUGGCGCUAGUGUGGAAUGUCAAGUGCAUCGGUGUAAUAAACUAUUUCAUUAUCCGUGCUGUGCCAGUGCUGGAGCUUUUCAAGACAUCACCAGUAUGAUCCUGCUUUGUCCUGACCAUUUAGACAGGACAGAGAAACUUGCUGAUGCAGAAGCUUCCUGUGAUGGCUGUGGAAAGACUGAAAACCUAAAUUUGCAACUCUUUUGUACAUCUUGUGGCCGUCACUUCCAUAGCUACUGUGUCGAGAUGACUAUACCCAUCACUCCUGUUGUGCGUAUGGGUUGGCAGUGCUCAUUUUGCAAAGUUUGUCAGGGAUGCAAGCAACCAGGAGAUGAAGAAAAAAUGUUAUGCUGUGAUCAUUGCGACAAAGGCUAUCAUAUAUAUUGUUUGAAUCCACCCAUCAGUGCAGUACCGAAAUCGUUGUGGAAAUGUGUUAGUUGCCGUAAAUGUGACGAUUGUGGCUCUACUCGGCCUGGUGGUGGUCCUUCUUGUAGGUGGCAUAACAAUUUCACAUUAUGCGACAGAUGUUACCAACAAAGGAAAAAAGGUCAGUGUUGUCCUGUAUGCAUUCGGGCAGUUCGUUUGUUUGGAAACACUGAUGUUUUGCAGUGUUCCAAAUGCUUCAAAUGUGUUCAUGGGGAGUGUGAUCCAGAUGGUUUAGAUGCUGAUAAAUAUUUUUGCCCAGAAUGUACUGGCAUUGGUGGAAAUGUACCAGCAAUACAAGAUCAGAAUAAUGACUCUGUAUCCUCAUAUGACUAUAAUCUAGCAGCUUCUGGUCAGAAAGUUCUAUCGAUUGAGGAAGCUGAACUUUAUUCUAUGCCUGCAUCAGCUGAUUUUAUGGCUUCUAUAAACAAUAAUGAUCACGAAAGGUUUGACUUAGAAGAAGUUGAUAAUUACACAGAUGAAAAAUUAAGUGAGUCUACAGUGGAUUCCCCAUACAGUAGUUUAAUGAGCGACUCAUUUACAGAAAGUACGCAAAACUAUUUUGGCCGUGGCAGAAAAAAGGAUGACACCAGCCAACAAAGAUUCAAGAAAUCCUUCCGAGGUGCCAGGCGUUUCAGGAAAUCACGUAGUUACCAGACUAAUUACAAUGGUUCACAUGCUUCAAUGGAGGAAUUUCCAAGAAACGCUGUUGAGUCGCUAGAUUCAGUGUCCCUCAGCAAACUUGAAAUUCCAGUCACUGCAGGCGGAGAUGAGGAUGAUGAUGGUGGUGAAGAAGGCGAAGAAGGAUUGCACUCUACUGUUGUCAUUGUAUCCACUCGUGAUUCCUACACACUCAAGCAGGAUGUCUGCAUGUGUUGUGGAAGUUUUGGCAAGGGAAAGGAGGGUUAUUUAAUUGGUUGUGUUCAAUGCGGACAAUGUUUUCAUCCAUUUUGUGUCAAUGUAAAAGUUAACGAAGUAAUUUUAAAACGUGGUUGGCGUUGUCUUGACUGUACAGUUUGUGAAGGUUGUGGCAGAAAUGCUGAUGAAGGACAUUUAUUGUUAUGUGAUAUUUGCGACAUAAGUUUUCAUAUAUACUGUUUAUCACCUCCAUUAGAAGAAGUACCAGUUGGUGGAUGGAAGUGUCAAUGGUGUGCUAUUUGUGAAGAUUGCGGUAGCAAAGAACCUGGUUUUGGAUGUAGCUGGAUGGCAAAUUACACCCAGUGUGGCCCUUGUUCAUCGAUUCAAUAUUGUUCCAUAUGUACAUAUGCAUAUGAACCCAAUAAUUUAAUUAUACAAUGCGAGAAAUGUAACAGAUGGGCUCAUGCAGAAUGUGAUGGUCUAUACUCAGAAGAAGAUGCAAGUUUAGCUUGUAGUAUGACAUAUCAUUGUGUUCAAUGUAGACCAAAAACGAAACACUUAGGAAUUUAUAGCAACUUAAAAUCCAGUGUUAUAUCAAAAUUGACUAUAAAAAGAGUUUUACAUGGUAAUGCUUUAAUAUCCAAUGGGUUUAAUAGGAAAACUAAAACUUUACAUAAUCUAAAAGCAAGAAAGUUAUCAAAGGCAGCAUUAAAGGAACAGAAACGAGCUGAGUUAGAUGCACUACCGCUAAUACCAUUAGAUGUGUCUGCAAAUGAGUGUGGAACAUUAAGUAUUGAUUUGCUUUCCCUGAAAAAUCGAGUUAGAAUGGAUGAGUUAACAAAAGAGAAACUACACUUGACAGAGUCUGGGUUAAAAUCAAUAAAAAGCCAAGUUAUCAGGGCACCAAUACACCGAGCGGGUGUCAGAAAAGAACGUAUAUCAAAAAAGAAGGAAGAAUCGAAAAUAAACAUUAUGUCUGAAGAAGUCACGUGCUCUGUGGACAGUUCUGAUGACACUCGACUAACUCCCGGGGAAAGAAUAGAGACACCCUUUGAAUCUGACGGUUUGGUUGGUGAGAAUGAAGUUCUCUCUCCUGACUUAAUGUCCAUCAAGCAAGAAGAAAACAUGGAUUUAGAUCUCUUGCAUCCUGAUUCAACAGCUGAAACUGAUGAAUUGUUGUUAGAUGAUACAAAUGAUGACCCAUUACAAGGUCCCAACCCUGAAGAUAUGACUGACCCAUUUGAAUUCUUCGGGGUAAAUUUAUUAGAGAAACAUUUGCACAUGGAGUUAGAAUCUCUCGGAAUACCCACAAAAAGAAAAAAGCUAAAAAAGGAAAGAAAGAAAGAACGACGUUUAAAAAAGGCAAAACUUGCUGAAGCAGCCAGACUUGCAUUCAACCUUGUGAAGGGUCCUAGUGUACCAGACCCUACUGCAGUUAUAAUUGAACAACCUAUCGAGGUUAGUAUCAGUCAGACAGUAGAAGCUCCCAUACCAAUACAAGAAAGCCCAUCUGUAAGCAUGACAGAUCAUAUGGUGAAAACUUUAACUGCACCAACCGAACAGGCUAAAAUGGAUAGUGUAUUGCAGACCUCAAACUCUGUCACAAAAACUGCACAGAUACCUCUUCUGGAUACAACUGAUUUUCCCCAUGUGGCAGGUCACGAGGUUGAAAAGCUACUUGCUGAUUUUAAUGCUGGAAAAAUUGUUCCUGUUGACUCCUUAUCUAAAAUAAAAGAAGAAUUUCCAUCUAAUACUGGUUUCAACGUGCCCAUGUUUUCACAUCAUCCAAUGAACGAGGUGAAAAAGGUGGCACCAUCAUCAAUUCUUCCUGUACAGUCGCCAUUGUUGUCUGCUACUGCCAGUUCUGCGGAUGCAUUCCGAACUGUUUUUGGUGACGAAAUUGAUAUAUUAAAAGAAAGACCAGACUUUGUGACAGAAAAAGGUGAUUCUGGCAAGAUUGAUACCCAGAAACAGCUAAGAAAAUGGGAGCUUGAUGAAAAACUGGGAGAAAACGCAACUAUAUCUCCAGUUUUGUAUGCUAAUGUGAUGCACAAGAAUUUGAUUCACGACUAUAAAGAUUGGCCUAAUCGAGCACGUGCUAUUGCAAGGUUAUGGAGGAAGCUGCCAGCUGACCAACGAGAACCAUUUAGGCUUCGCGCAAGAGAUAAUAGGGUCAAGUCCAAAGAUCGUAGUAAAAAAGUGGCUUUCAAACAGCUAGCCGAACAUACACAAAGAGGACAAGUCAACAAACAUCAAACUGACGUAGUUAACAUAAAAUCUCCCACUUCUGUUCAAAGUGCUUUUGGAUUUCAAGCCACGAGAGAUGUUAUAAAAACUGAUGUUAAUAAUCCAAAAAUUCCUCAUCCAACGAUAUUAACUGUUCCUGAACCACAGAAGUUAUCUCCUUUAUUACAAACUCUAUCUCCUUUUUCAAUAUCAUCUUGUUCUGGCGUGACACCUUCACCACCUCGUACUCCUUUCUUUCCAAAUACUCCAACAACACUGAACAAUGAAAGUCCACCAUCAAAUGUUGAUAAACCAGGGAAGGUUAUCAAGAAACCUAAAAACAAAUUAAGUAAGCAGGAAAAGGAAGAAAAGAAACUGCAAAUGCAAAAUGUAUUUCAAGAAAAGGAAAAACAAUGGAAAUUACUGCAACAGCACCGUAUAUUCGAACAACAGAGACAAGCUAUUUUAAAACAAUCAAAGGCAUUUGCUCAAGAUCAACAUCACUAUCAACCAGUACAUCCAUCUGCACGAUUUAGUGCGACUAUGACCUCGUCUCUUUCAGAAGAUUUGCAACAUGCAAGAGUGCAAAAAGCCGCACAAUCUGCAUUUGCACCUGGAAAAAUCCCUACUCCUCCAUCAACAGAACGAUUUGCACCUGGCACACCAACAGUGACUAAGGAUGAUGCCGAUAAAUCAAAAACUUUUUCACCAACGCCUUCUCUUGAUAAACCAACAACCCCUAUACCUUCAACCCACACCAUAUCAAGCAUGAUAAAAGAUCAUCCACCUCACACCUUUCCUUAUCCAGGAAAAGAUAUGAAACCAGAACUUCCUGUUAGAAAUCCUGCUCUUGACCUUGAGGCAGAACUUCGUAGAGCAAACAUGGAAGGGUUGUUGUCAAGACCAUUAGAUCACAACAAUCCAGUACGUACUGCCGAACAACAGCAGGCCCUACUAAUUCAUCAACAAUACAUGGCAACUCAACAGCAGUACAUUCAAUGGCAGUUGGCACAACAACAGUCAUCAGCCAUAGAGAGUUUGUAUGGUCCUCAAAAGCCUUCCUCUGAUAAGGAACUUCCUGACGUUAACAGUGAAGAACAACAUCAAGAACGCAUUAGAUUUUUGUAUCACCAAAGACAAUUUCAUAAAGAUUCACCGAUGUAUGUGCAGCAGCAAUUACAGCAAACUCCGGGGAAACAACCAACUACUGAAGUUACUACUUCCCCACCUCAAAUAGCAGAAUCUCCGCUGCAUGUUAGCUAUCCGCGACCACCACACUACUCACCAGGCAAUGUACCUGAUGCAAUGUACCACCAAAUGUUUAUGGAAUACAUGAUGCGAUAUCGAAAAGGUCAAGAAAUUGAUCAGCCUACUCCUCCAUCUAGCCAGUUAUAUAAUAAUAUGAUGACAGAGAUUGCAAAACAAUAUUAUCAACGUCAUGGAUCGUUUGGCAAAUUAUUUCCGCCUCCUGUACCCAAUACUGGACCACUUCCUUAUCCACCAAGACCUGGUCAUAGUCCAUAUGAUGAAAGAUUAUUCCCAACAUAUGCCAAAGGAAUGCCAAUACCAGAAAUUCCAAAAGAUGCAAAAUUGGGCAAUACAUCUAAUUUUCCAUCUUCGCUGAUGCCUCAGAAGCCAGUACCUAAUGAUGGCAAAACCUCAUUUACUAAAUCUCGUAUGAGUCCUUCAUCUCUUCCAAAAUCUUCAUCUACUCUACCUAAAUCAGCAUCAUUUCAAAUCAGCAGGAUUGCUGCUGAUAGCACUUCAAACGAUGAAUACCCAAAUGAAAUAGGUGUGAAAGCAGCAAACCCAAACCAAUUAUCUGAAGUGAAAACUAACAGCGAGAAUGAGAUCUCAAGUUCUAAGACUUCUACAAGCGAAGAGCCAGGCGCAACCGAUAAGGAAAACAGACUAGACCCACAUAGAUCCACUCGUGGGGGUGAUGAUGAAGAAGUAUCUAGUGCAUCUACAAAAGAAUUGUGUUCAGAUGGUAUCCAUUGUGGUACUGAUGACGAAGACGAAACAUCUAAUCGUAAACCUGUGUGUUCAGAUGGUAUUCAUUGUGGUACUGAUGACGAAGACAAAACAUCUAGUCGCAAACCUGUGUGUUCAGAUGGUAUUCAUUGUGGUACUGAUGACGAAGACAAAACAUCUAGUCGCAAACCGAUGUGUUCAGAUGGUAUCCAUUGUGGAACUGAUGAUGAAGACGAAACAUCUAAUCGUAAGCCUGUGUGUUCAGAUGGUAUUAAUUGUGGAACUGAUGAUGAAGACGAAACAUCUAGUUGCAAACCGAUGUGUUCAGAUGGUAUCCAUUGUGGAACUGAUGACGAAGACGAAACAUCUAAUCGUAAACCUGUGUGUUCAGAUGGUAUUCAUUGUGGUACUGACGACGAAGACGAAACAUCUAGUCGCAAACCUGUGUGUUCAGAUGGUAUUCAUUGUGGUACUGAUGACGAAGACAAAACAUCCAGUCGCAAACCGAUGUGUUCAGAUGGUAUCCAUUGUGGAACUGAUGACAAAGACGAAACAUCUAAUCGUAAACCUUUGUGUUCAGAUGGUAUCCAUUGUGGAACUGAUGACGAAGACGAAACAUCCAAUCGCAAACCUGUGUGUUCAGAUGGUAUUCAUUGUGGUACUGAUGACGAAGACGAAACAUCUAGUCGCAAACCGAUGUGUUUAGAUGGUGUCCAUUGUGGAACUGAUGAUGAAGACGAAACAUCUAAUCGUAAGCCUGUGUGUUCAGAUGGUAUCCAUUGUGGAACUGAUGACGAAGACGAAACAUCUAAUCGUAAACCUGUGUGUUCAGAUGGUAUUCAUUGUGGUACUGACGACGAAGACGAAACAUCUAGUCGCAAACCUGUGUGUUCAGAUGGUAUUCAUUGUGGUACUGAUGACGAAGACGAAACAUCCAAUCGCAAACCUGUGUGUUCAGAUGGUAUUCAUUGUGGUACUGAUGACGAAGACGAAACAUCUAGUCGCAAACCGAUGUGUUCAGAUGGUACCCAUUGUGGAACUGAUGAUGAAGACGAAACAUCUAAUCGUAAGUCUGUGUGUUCAGAUGGUAUUCAUUGUGGAACUGAUGACGAAGACGAAACAUCUAGUUGCAAACCGAUUUGUUCAGAUGGUAUCCAUUGUGGAACUGAUGACGAAGACGAAACAUCUAAUCGUAAACCGAUGUGUUCAGAUGGUAUCCAUUGUGGUACUGAUGACGAAGACGAAACAUCUAAUCGUAAACCUGUGUGCUCAGAUGGUAUUCAUUGUGGAACUGAUGACGAAGACGAAACGUCUAAUCGUAAGCCUGUGUGUUCAGAUGGUAUUCAUUGUGGUACUGAUGAAGAAGACGAAACAUCUAGUCGCAAACCGAUGUGUUUGGAUGGUGUCCAUUGUGGAACUGAUGAUGAAGACGAAACAUCUAAUCGUAAGCCUGUGUGUUCAGAUGGUAUCCAUUGUGGUACUGAUGACGAAGACGAAACAUCUAGUCGCAAAAUGAUGUGUUCAGAUGGUAUCCAUUGUGGAACUGAUGAUGAAGACGAAACAUCUAAUCGUAAGCCUGCGUGUUCAGAUGGUAUUCAUUGUGGAACUGAUGACGAAGACGAAGCUACUAAAAAUAAGUCACAUUUAGUCGCUGAAAAAGGCUCAGGUGUGAAAAAUGAGGGUUUGUAUUUUGAAAGGUCAGGGGUGCAAGCACCCAUUCCUUUAAAUUCAUCCACUCAUAUAACAGAGAAUAAGUCACACGAAGAAGAAAUAGGUCAAUCACAGUUGGCAUCUAGGGCUAUCAGUCCUUCUUCUGUAAACACAAGUGAUUCUAACUCACAACCUUCUACAAGUGCUCCUACUAUAAUCAGUCCACUUCCUUUGCUAAAUAAUAAAGAUGGUAUUGUUAAAGUAAAUAACAUUUCUACUGAUAAAAUACCUUCGAAAUUUGGAUUUUCACCUUCUUUUCCUGCAUUUUCUCCCAUGGAGAGUCAGUUGGAAAUGAAGAAGCCAAGUAAUACCUUGAUGAAUUCUAACAGCGGCUGGCCCUUUCCAAACUUACACGGAAAUUUAAACGCUGAUGAUAAAAAGGUGGAAGGAGGUCAGGAAAAUUCACCAGAUGUUAGAAACAAAAGUUCAGCAAUAGGCUCUAAUUCACCAUACGAUUCAACAAGAACUGAUGGGCCAAUGUUGCCGUCCGGAAUUACUGGAGCCGUUCCAACUUCCCCCUUUAGCCCGAAUUCAUCAACAUUACAAAAAGGCAAUAUUAUUUCACUUCAUCCGAGCUCACCAAGGUAUCACCAAAUCUUCAUCUACCAGCAUCAAUUACUCAUUAUGCAGUUUCAGCAGUAUCAAUUUCAACUUCAACUGCAGUUUCAGCACCUAAGUCAGCAACAGAUGUCUCCACAGCAGCAAUAUUUGCUUCAGCAGCAGUUUCAUCAACAGAUGAUGCUACUUCAGCAGCAGUUUAUGCAACAGCAGGCUCAACUUCACCGCAUGGCAGCAAACGGUAUACAGUUUACGGAGCACCAAUUGAAUGCAAUGUAUCAACAGCAAAUGCUGACUCAACAAGCAUAUAGACAGUGGGUAAUGGCGCUUCCUCCUGAGCAGCAAAUUCACCUACAACAACGCAUGCAGGCUAGUAUGCAACAAGUCCAGCAUCAGAUGGCACAGAUCAUGCAGCAUGCGCGUCUAGAGGAAGAACAGAAGAAGAAACCUGUGACGAAACCUCGAAGAAUGAACAAAAAGAAAACAACAGCCAUAACGACAACAGCUGAUUUAACUCCGCCGAAAUUUCCAGUACCCGAGCUUUCUGAAGAGAUGAAAGCACAUACAGAAAGGAAUGCUCGUACUUCUGCGACGUCCGCGAUUUCAUCGAUCCCGAGUGAUACAACAAAUACAUCAACACCACAAAUUAUAACAAAACCCAAAGAAGGUCAAGUUGUACCGCCUAAGAUGCCAGCUAGCGUACCCCCCACCAUCAUGGGUACUGUGAAAGCCCCAAUUCCAACAAAUAUUCCGCCCAGUGCGUCGACAAGUUCACCGCAUAGUAUUGCAUCCAAUUCUGUGCCUCGCAAUGUACUAACAUCCAUACCGCCCAAUGUACCAACAUCUAUACUGCCUAAUAUGCCAGCAGCUAUAAUUCCCAAUAUGCCAACUGCUAUACCGCCCAAUAUGUCUACUGCCAUACCGCCCAAUAUGUCUACUGCCAUACCGCCCAAUAUGUCUACUGCCAUACCGCCCAAUAUGUCUUCUAACUUAGCCCAUAAUAUUCCUCCUUAUAUAUCAAGUAAUUUACCGCCUAACAUACCUAGUCACCUGCAGCCCAGUACAGGACUGUCAAAUCAUCAAGUUAAAAAGACAGAAGUGAUUACGUCAUCGCCAGAUUAUUUAAAGGAGAAGAAUAAAGUUGGCGAAAAACACAUUGGUAUGUCAAGUGGAGAUAGCCUUGUGCGCAAACAACAAAAAGACUUCGAAUUAGCACAAAAUGAAAUGAAGGCAAUGAGUGCUCAUCAAAAGGCUGAACAACUUCUGAACCCUAGAAUGGCUAAUCCGCGACCAAUGUUCUUCCCUACACACCCAUCACAACUUUUACACCGUGCUAAGUUUGAGGGAGCUGGAGUAAGAUCUCCACUUCAUGACAAGCCCCCUCAUUCGGACUCGGCUAGUUAUAAUCCCAACGCUACUCUACCGAUUGGUGAGACACCUUCUUUUGCUGCAAGAAAUAGUUUAAAUCAGAUGGCGGCCGAAGUUAUGAGGCGUAAACCUGGUAGCCAACCCUUUCUUCCUGAAUCAACUGCAUUGGCAGGUUCUAAAGAUCAGUCAGUGAAUCCUUCAGUCGCUGCAACACCCACUUCUUUCUCUGUAAGUAAUCUUUUGAAUAAAGACAAGGCAAGUGACAUCAGCGGUAACCUUUCACACCCUUCGGCAGAUUUGAUGCGUCAAGUUUUACAACAACAACAACAACAACAACAGCGUGUUCCCAGCGCCGAAGAAGUGAACAAAUACCUGGGUACUCCAGAACACCUAGCAGAGUUGGAGGCUCAGCAAGCUCUACAAAAAGCGCCAAAGAAAAAAGAUAGAAUUCUGGAGGAGAAGAAGAGACUUAAAGAGAUUGAACGCCAAAAAAAGCGAGAAGAAAAAGAACGUAUGAGGAUAAUAAAAGAACAGAAGAAAGCUGAGAAAGCUCAAGCUAGAAUGCUCAAACAAAAGGCUAUACAAGAUGCGAAAGCAACUGCUAUAAAAAAGAAGCAAAAAAUGGCCUCGUUACCAAUACCUGAUGCACCUCCCGAGAAACCAAUUAGUCCUACUCAGACGUUCACGCCUAAAACGCCACCGAUGCCUGUUGCACCUAAAAUUCCUUUGUGCGAACCCGACGUGCACUUGGUAUAUCCUUUAGUCCAACCAUUCGGCUGUAGUUCUUCCAGUUCGCCGAGCAAAAUAUCUGGAUCGUUUGGAAGUGGGAUAAUAACUGAUGUUGAAGACACCUAUCGAGAUCGACCUGUUACGCCCUCUCCCCUUGAUACUUCAAACCUUCACUCGACAACUGAUGGAAAUAUAUUACAUGACACUCUGUUUCCAAGUCCUGAACGUACGUAUAAAGACGAUAAUGAGUUGAGCAAGGCAACAAAUAUUGCAGAUAGUACAGCUACUGCUACAGAAGAUGGUCAGGACGUGUCAACUAUGAAUGAAGAAGUCGACGGUGAACAAGAAUUACCACAUGAAAACGGAAAUGAUGAAGAUAUGAAAGUUAUACCAGUUGGACAUUGCAAUCAGUGCUAUCGCGCUCUCUCUCGUACUGUGCUGUACGUGGACAAAAAGUUAGAGGAAGUUACCGAAGGAGUUUAUGACAAGUUCGAGUUGUCUUUGUCCGACCAACUCGCCUUCUGCAGUAACGAAUGUGUCGAUACGUUUCAAAGCAAGGUGAAAUUUGAUCUGGAGAACGAAGAUGUGGAGUUAGUUGACGCUGUAAAGACGGCUGCAAUGGUAAGCUUGGACGAGUCUCAACAGUUCUCACCUUUGCCAAUAGAUGACACGAGGGGUGAUAUCUUUGCUCCAGGGAUGGAUCCAUCAAAGGUAAACAAACACGAGCAAGCUGUCAAUCAGAGAUGGAAGAGGUGGGUCUUUCAAUCCAACCUAACGAAAAAAGGUCGACCGAAGUUGGAAAAGGAAGAUUUGCUUGAACUUAUGUCAAAGUACGACGUGCGGUUAAAGCCGAGCGAAAGUAUCAAAGACAAGCGCUGCUGUAUAUUUUGCCGAACGUACGGCGACGGUGAUUCGACGCAAACAUCUCGUCUUCUAAAUUUCAAUGUUGACAAGUGGGUGCAUUUAAACUGUGCGUUGUGGUCGAGCGAAGUGUAUGAAGCACUGAAUGGCGGUCUACACAAUGUGGAAAAAGCAUACGGGCGUGGUCAGUAUACAAGAUGUUCGUAUUGUAAUCGAAUAGGAGCAACUGUGAACUGUUCGCAAACGUUUGGAGCUCAACAACGACUGCAUUGUGAAAAGACAUUUCAUUUUCCAUGCGCAGUUCAACUACAGUGUGGUUUUUACAAAGAUAAGAGCAUGCUUUGUGAUCACCACAAAUCAUCUGGUCUCCCUGGAGAAGAGCUACGCACAUUCAGUGUACGGCGAAAAGUUUACGUCGAACGUGACGUCACAAGGCAGUUGGCUAGUAUGUUGGGCUUGAAUAAUGAUUUAGAACGUAAAGAAUAUACAUUUCGUGUUGGCAAUCUCAUCUUCCACGAGCUGGGACAUGUACCUGCUAAUUUAUUGGAGAACUUUUCAACCAAGGAAUAUGUCUACCCUAUAAACUUUGAGACUACGUCCAUAUUUUGGGACCACGAGACUGUUCAUUCGCGUCGCUACUACACGUGCUCCAUCAGCGAACGAUUUCGUGCGCCAAGGUUUAAAGUAAAAUCGCAUCAUAAUGGUACCGACAGAAUGCAGUACACAAGUUGUACGGCUAAAGGUGCUUGGGAGGAAAUUGUAAACAAUAUCAAAAAACAAAGAGAACACAACGGCCUCUUGAAAGUUUUUCCAGAGUUUAUCUGUGGCGAAGAUUUGUUUGGGUUGUCGGAGCCAGCCAUACAACGAAUGAUCGAAUCACUACCUGGUAUUGACACCAUUCCGUCGUAUAACUUUCGAUUCGGCCGCACGCCGAUACUAAUAGCGGAACUUCCGUUAGCGUUAAACCCGACUGGUUGUGCGCGCACGGAGAAAUUCCGCAAGCAUCACUUAAAUAGACCAUUGGCCAUGCGUACGGCGACCGACCUCACGCAUAAACGUUCUGACUCUGCAGUCAAUGACGACAAUUGGUUAUCGUAUUCACAAAGAACUGCGCAUAUACUGAGCACCAAAACAGGACAGUAUCGUCGCAUGCGUCAGGAUUGGCGCAACUGUGUCGUGCUUGGGCGUUCCAGAAUACAAGGACUCGGUCUGUUUGUGAAAAAAAGCGUUGAAGAGAACACGUUUAUUAUUGAAUAUAUCGGAUCGCUGAUACGAAAUGAGGUGGCCAACAGGUUGGAAAAAACUUAUGAGCGACAGAACCGUGGCAUUUAUAUGUUUCGCAUUGACAAUAAUGUUGUUGUUGACGCUACGAUGACGGGUGGACCUGCUAGAUAUAUCAAUCAUUCUUGCGAUCCGAACUGCGUCGCAGAAAUCGUUUCUAUCGAAGGGAAGAAAAGAAUAAUAAUAAUUUCUAAUCGAAAAAUUGAGAAGGGUGAAGAGCUCACCUACGAUUACAAGUUUGAGUUAGAAGACGACUCGAGCAAAAUCGCGUGUUUAUGUGGUGCGUCAAAUUGUCGCAAAUGGAUGAAUUAAUUCUAUUGUUUGAAUUUUUAGAUAUUUUAAUAAAAAAACUUUGUACAACUUCUAUAUAAUUAUUAUUAUUAAUAUUAUUAUUA